AAGUUAUCAUUCGACGUACGCGUACACAAGAAAGUUUUUGUUGCAUUUUUACUUCCAUUCCAAUAGCGAAAUUGUGUACUACAAAACGAUAUCGUCAUCAAAACAUUAUUGCUUCAUUCAUAAAGAGUUAAUUUUAAAGCAAAGCUUCAAUUAAGUGUCAUUAAUAUUGUAACAUUUUAAGAUCAUUCGAUCUCGGUCAGAAAGUUACAUCCCAUCCUAAGUUGGAAAGUCUCAACAAGGCCGUUUCAUACAGCUUUUCUAACGUGGGACCGUUCGAGAAACCCGUACAAUGGCGUAAACUCAAAUUAGAAAAUCGCUUAACAAUUGGCGCGCAAAAACUCCGCCAUUUUGUGGAAUAAAAUGUGACGCAACGGCAUCUAGCGGUGGAUUGGUGAACUAAGUGAAAGUGGACAAGAUGAAGUUGAACUUGUUCAAGCGGUCGAUGAUUUUCGCGACCUUUUUCGGGUCGUGUUUGUGUAUAGCGCUAAUUGUGGCAUCUUUGGGGACCACACAUUGGAUAGAUGCGAGGGCGAGGAGGACGUCGAAUCCUCUGGAUUCUGAGGGCAGGAUCAGCUUCGGUUUGUUUGAGGGGCAUAAGGAGCUCAACUUCGGAUAUGGAUGGAGGAGUCAUAAUUUUAGUGUAAAAGCGGGCACUCACCCGGCACGGCGCUGGGCUUGGAUGGGCACAGCAGCUCAACUAGCGGCAGCACUAGUAUCAUGUGGCGGUGCCUGUGUUCUGGCCGCUCUGGGGUCUGCGGCCCGCACGCGCGCUAUGCCGCGCCCGCUCAUUAUCAGCAACUCGCUGGCCGUACUCUUCACUCUCGGCGCUAUUGCAGUAUGGCUGACGGAGUACUAUCUACGGUUGCAGCACAACGUAAUGUCAGACGAGGACCUGGCCAACACCUGGAGCUCUGACGGCACAGCUGACCUGGGGUUAUCCUUCUGGCUCGUGGUCGCCGCGUCCAUAUCUGCGUUUGUUAACAACGUUUGCAUCAUGGUCGCCAUGGCGGACGAGCGAGACGCAGAUACCAUCGCUCCCGCUCUAGAGGAGAAGGUCAACGGUGCUAUCAUGCUAUAUUAACCUACAGAUCUCGAGUGCUGAGAGUACUGAACAGGAACCAAUCCGUCCAAUAAAACCACACAAAUAAUGUCGGUAGGGUCAAGGCGGAAACAGUGGCUCAGCUCAAACAGUGGCUCAGUCGCCCAAAUAUCGCCUCUUUCGUGUUGAAAUUAGGAUGAGUGAGCUAGGUCUUUUUCUACCGAGCCACUGUUCCCUCCUUGACCCUUUACAAAACGUUUGCUUUAAAAUGAUCACUAAAACUAGCUCAAAACAUCAAAUUCCAUGAAUGUAAGCUGUUUGUCGAGUUAAUGUAAGUUGUAGGUUUUGAAGGCUGAACGUUAGAUAUAAGUUUGCGUAGUAAUUUAUAAUACAGUAAAAUUUAGUAUGUUUAGAAACUUUUAGUUUUUUUUGUACUUAAAUUUACUAAGAAUCUCUAUGGAUAUUACUGAUAUUAGUUUUCAAUGAGCAUUUUGCUUUUGUAGAAAACGUGUAUAACAGACUCAUCUCAUAUACAUUCUGUCCAUUAAAAUAUUAUCUUGUAUAAAUUAGAUAUUUGUGACGUUUUCAACCAAAAGGUACCACAUUGUCGCUUGUCGAUAAGGUUGAUUUCUAAUUGAAGCUAUAUGGAAAUAGCGCCUUACUGACAAGCGACAAUAAGUACCCUUUUGGUUGAAAAUGGCACAUUUAGAGAAAUUACUUAUGAAAAGGUGGAAAAUACUUAUCUCCUUGGAUUUCAGAAGAAUAAAUACCUGUUAUGUCGAUUGUAAGUUUUGAAGUCCCUGUUAUUUUAUUACCAAUGAUAUUAUAAAUCAAGGCAAGCUAUAACUGUGCACGUGCUCACGAGCUCCCGCGCAGAGAGAGAGAGAGAGAGAGAGACAAGCUUAUGUUCAACAAUGAGUGUAACAAAGAUGAAAUGGUAUGCGAAAAUUUACAUUAUUAUUACUAACAAAAACAGGUUCAUUCAUAGGUAGGGUCAAGGCGGAAACAGUGGCUCAGUUGCCCAAGUAUCGCCUCUCUCGUGCUGAAAUUAGGAUAAGUGAGCUACUGUACCCUCCUUGACCCUACAUGUAAAUCGAAGUAUUUAUUGUGCUCCUUAUAAACCUAUCUAUAGUUAUAUAAUGUCAUUGUUUAUUACCUCAAAUAUUUUAAGACAAUAAGUGUGUUUUUCAGAUUAAUUAAAAAUAUGUCAUCCAGAAUUUUGGCUCAAACUUAAGUUUGUCUUUAACGUUUAUGAUUAUGACCAACAGAGACAGCUUUUGUUUUUCUACAUUCGCCAUCAGAUAUAUCGGAGCGGCCGAGGUGCUCACAAAUAUCUGAACACGCCUCUAUUGUCAAGGCGUUAGAGUGCGUGUUCAGAUAUUUUUAAGCACCUCGGCCGCUCCGAUAUAUCUGAUGGCGACUGUACCUAUACACUUAAUGGUAUGUAAAUAAAACAUAACUAACGUCAUCUAAACUCGAUGUACGUACUUUUAUCCGUCCAAAGUUAUAACUGUCAGAUAUUGACAAAGCUGUACCAUAGAUAAUAAUAUUCCUAAAGAUGAAGUCUUAGCCAGCUGUCACCGUAGCCUCACACACACAGACACAUUUUUAUGUACGAUUUACAAUGAGGAACCAGAGGCUGUGGCCAUGUCGAUAAAGUCAUAUCGAUUAACUAAAGUUGUAAAUUGAAUUCUUAAUACGUCCAAAAACAUAACAUUAUUUAAACAUUAUGUAUGUACAUAAAUGGCCGUUUUCUAAAAUAAAUAUUGAAAACCUGAUUCUCACAGAUCCUGGUGUUUUUGGGUUCUUUCAAAUCAGAAUCACUAGCAUAUUCAUUUCUGAUGAUAAAAAAAGUCCCAAAACUUUGUACAUUCCACUAUUUACACAAAAUUUACACAAAAACGUGAAGUAAUGGAAUGGACAUUUUGGGACAUCUUUUAUUAAUCGCAGGAUGGAGAAUGCUGUCGAUUCUGAGUACAAUGAGCCCAAGAAUGUACAGGUUUGAUUGAAUGAAUCAGGUUUUCAAUAUUUAUUUUAGAAAACGCCCAAAUGUUUAAAUUUCAUAGAUUUGUCAUGCAUUAUGUUAGUCAUAAUUUAUAUUAGUUGUGCCAUUAGAAUAAGUUUUUUAUGGACUUUUUUCUUAACUGUUGUGUAAUAAUUUUCCGUAAUUAAAUACUAAUGAUAUUUA